GCAGGGCGUGAUGAGCUGGGCUGAGGUGGGACUUAUCCCAAGGGCAGAGAGAGCCACUCGGGGCUUUGAUUGGAGAAUGGUGAGGCCAGAGUCGCUGAGAGCAUCUGCAGGAAGUUAUAAGGUAGCACUUGCUGUGGGAUAGGCCAUGGAAGUGGCCAGAGGUUUGGGGGUGCCAGCCACUUCCUGUCUGCACGACCCAGGGUCAUGGGCACUAGGUGGAUGGCUGAGAGACCCAGAAUCUCAGGGCUGGAAGGGGCCGGGCCACUGUGUGGAUGAGGAGACAGAGCCCCGGAAGAGGGAAGAGACUCACCCCGGUAUCACUCAGCGGGCCUGGGGCAGCACUGGCUAAUCUGUUCUCCCAGGCCAGUUCAAAGCCUGCCCUACCCUGGGUAAGUGUGGGCAAGGCCAGGUGUGUGCCCAUCUCUUCAGCCUGGAAGUGGGGCUCAGCUCUGUGUGGGUACCUCCCUGCUGCCUGCGCGAGGCCAGGCCGGUGGUGGGGCCCUUUCUCGAUUCUGGGUUCUCCAAACCUAAAAGUGCCCUGGGUGCCAGGGACCAAGGCGGGCAUCACACAGGCCUCACACGUCAACGCUCCCAUGGCUGGAGGAGGUGGGUACUGAUAUCCCUGGUUCACAGGUGAAAGAGCCGUGGGUCAGGGAGGUAAAGUCCUUGCCGGAGUCCGUGUAGCCGCCAGUGCUGGCUUGGGCGCUGAACCGCACACUCUGACCCCAGAGCGGCCACGUGGCCGCCCUGCCUCCAGUGGCGAGGGGAGCCUUUGGACUUGGUGUCAGCCCUGCCCUUGAACACGGGGGCAGCUGGCUCUUGCUGGCUGGCUUCAGGAUCCUCACACUGCCUCCCCCCCAGGCCUUUCUGGGGCAGAAGGCAGCGGUCAAUAGGCGGCCAUUUGUUUUGCCAGUAGAGCGGCAGCAGGUAGCCAUUACUGCAAUAGGCGGCCAUAGUGGGCAGAGCAGACCGGCCUUGCUCCCUGUCUGAGUCUGCAGCGUGGACCCAAGUCCGUGUGCUGUCCAGAGAGUGCCAGGUUCCCCUGGAGGCCCAGGGCUUGGCUGGGCCCAUCUCAGCACAGUGCUGUGUUCCAGAGGCAUCCAUGUGCCUGCUGGGCUGUCUCCUGGUCCAGAGUCCAGCCUCUGGGGCCCGACAAAGCCAGGUUCAUGUUCCUGCUUUGGCGAGAUAAUGGGUGACCUCUCUGGCCACGUUCUCGCCUACCUGAGCCUCAGCCCUGUAUUUGUCAUUGUUGGUUUCGUGACCCUCAUUAUAUUCAAACGGGAGCUGCACACGAUCUCGUUCCUGGGGGGCCUGGCGCUGAACGAGGGGGUCAACUGGCUGAUCAAACACGUCAUCCAGGAGCCACGACCCUGUGGAGGCCCCCACCCGGCAGUGAGCACCAAGUACGGGAUGCCCUCCAGCCACUCCCAGUUUAUGUGGUUCUUCUCCGUCUACUCCUUCCUUUUUCUGUAUUUAAGAAUGCACCAAACGAACAACGCCAGGUUCCUGGACUUGCUGUGGAGGCACGUGCUCUCGCUGGGUCUCCUCACUGUGGCCUUUCUAGUCUCCUAUAGCAGGGUCUAUCUGCUGUACCACACCUGGAGCCAAGUGCUCUAUGGGGGCGUCGCUGGAGGCCUGAUGGCCAUCGCCUGGUUCGUCUUCACCCAGGAGGUCCUCACCCCGCUAUUCCCUAGGAUAGCAGCCUGGCCUAUCUCUGAGUUCUUCCUAAUCCGAGACACGAGCCUUAUUCCCAACGUCCUCUGGUUUGAAUACACAGUAACCCGGGCAGAAGCCAGGAACAGACAACGCAAGCUGGGGACGAAGCUGCAGUGACGGGUGAGCGUGGCUGGCUCCAGCCUCCAGAUCUGGCCUGCACGAUUCCUUGCAGGAUGGAUGGGAUGACAGUAAGAGGGACGAAGCAGAGACCUCUACAGACCCAAGUCACCGAGUGGAGCCUUUUUUUUGCUUAUUUUAAUUUUGAUGAACAGAGUGGACCAAAGGGCUGAGCCAGCCCCUCAGCCAGGACCCUGGAGGGCCUGCUGCUGGGGGGGAGUGGCCUCAUGGCCAGAGACCCUCACAGUGCUGCUGCCAGCCCCCAGUCGGGCAGAGCGUGCCCUUGGCAUGGGCACCGGGGUGUGGGGUAGAGGAGGAGGGCUCGCACCUCUGGUCACAGGGCCAGGAAAUCCAGGUGGCGUGAAAAGUGCACACUAUUUAUUUUUGGGUUUUGUCAAAGGCAGAUGGAAUUUUGGAGAGGAGGCUAGAAGAGCCUGCUGUGCGGGGGCCUCCCUGUGUACUGAGGGGCCCAGGUGAGCUCCCCAGGCGCUUUGCCCUGGGCCCGAGAGGUGGCCUGCCUGGGGGCCCCAGGGGAGGGAGCAUCCCCACGUCCUUCCUGCCGCCAAUGCCAUUCCAGAACCUCGGUCAGUGUUUCCUGCGUGGGGCUGGGCCCAGAGAGAGCGCGCGUCUGGCGCUGCUGUCCUUGUGUCCUGCCCGCAUCGACCCUGCACCACAAGGGCUUUCUCUGGUCCCCUGUCCCCAAGACAGUGGUCCCUCUCUGACAAAAAGAGCCUGCACAUGUGGGUGAGCAAACCCAAGCUGUUUACAGCUCUUUCCUGUCCUGCCGUCCGGUAGUGGUUCGUCUUCAUCUCCACCCAGACAAACUGCAGAGGGAGUGGGAACUGGUGGGGGGAGUGAGGCAGUGGUGUCUACUGUCUCGUCCCCCAGCGCCCCCCCCCCCCCGCCCCCGCCCUCUGUGUGUUCUGAGCAUUCCUCGUCCUUCCCACCCCCUCCGAGAGGCUGGGAACCUGCUUGGGUCACCCUGGCCUGUGUCCGGGGUGUGGCUAGCAGAUCCCCAGGGCCCAGCUCGGAGGCCAGCUCCUCCCAAUCUUGAAGUCUCUUUGAAAUGGAGUUGUGGAGAGGAGAUGCUUCCAGACUUGGAAGCUUCUAGAGCGGAACCAGACUGCUCGGGACCUGCGUUCCGAUUCCCCCCCCCCCCCCCCCUUUUCUUUAUGGAGGUUAUUAACCUGCUGCUGAAGCACAAUAUUUUGGUGCUUUCUUUUCUCAUUUGUUCAAGACAGUGUCCAAAGCCAUUCCAGACGCCAGGACCAGGGGCCUAAUUUUGGGGAAGGUUGGUUGGUCCCCACAUUUUCCUUUCCUUCCCUUCUUAUUUUUAUUUUUUACUUUUUUUGCCUGAGACAAGCCAAGUGUGAGGUGGUUUGACUUAAGAAAAAUCAACGAAAUUGUUUACUAUUGUUUUAAAAUAAAAUCUUGAACUCUC